GUCCGGAGUCUGCGGCUGAGUCUGAGGCGGAGGCGCCCCGUCUCAACCCGCGACUCGCGGCGCCCGCCCGCAGGAGUGCUGCAUCGCACGCGAGAGCGGUGAGAGGGAGGGAUGCGCUUGGUGCUUUCCUGGAUGCCCUGGAUGGCAUCCAGGCUCACUGCGUGCGCAGCAGCAGCAUCUCAUGCCAUUCGGCAGGCUGCGCCAGCACGCAGCUGCAGGAGGUGCCGCGAGAGCUUGCGGCUCCGCGUGGCUGCGUGCAAGCGUCUUCUCGCAGGGUGCACCGCUGCUGGUGGCACUUCUGCGCUGGUGCUGCGGCGACUACCGCAGCGGCAGCGGCAGCGGCGUGGCGCAGGGAUGGCGUCCUGCGACGGCACGCUACGUGCAAGUUGCAGGAGCGCAAGCGACGGGCGAUGGCGGUGGACGCCCCGGCGUGCUGCGGCUGAGGUGGACGAGAAGAACAGCUGCGGGGCGUCCGCUGCGGUGCUUUGACUCGGCAGCUGGCCGCGUCCUACAGCCGACGUCCGCGCCCGCCUGCGCCGCUGCCGCAGAGCACCGUUGUGGAGAGGAGAGGCAUAUGCGUGACGCUCUCGCGGUCUCGGCUCCGUGGCUCGGCGCUCGGCGCACGGCGCGGCGUGCAAGCUCAAGGCGAGUCUCGAUCGGCGCGAGGCGAUCGGGGCCGCUCGAUGUCGUCGAUGCGUGGCGUGGCGCUCGGCAGCAGCAGCGGCCUGCGGGCUCGGCGAACAAGCAUCUGCAUCCUGCGGCGCUGUGCUGCCGCCUGCAACUGCCUGGCGGCUGCUGCGCGCUGGUGCUGCCCGCUGCGGCUGCACAGCCGCUCAAAUUCUGGAGCGGCACGGCCACGGCGUCCUCAGCUCCACCCUGUGGCCUCGCCUCGCCUUGCUGUUUCCGCUUUGGAGCGGACGGUGCUGCAUCGCUUGCCCUCUUGGGCCUCGCCAUCGCCGCUCAUGUGCCGUGCACCGCGCGCCGAACGUUGCGUGGCGCCGCCCGCAGCCGUUGAGUCUCGAGGGCAAGAGAGCGAGAGAGGCGACGGCGAGAAAGCUCGUCAUGCGAAGUC